AUGAGACGGUGGAUACGUCCAUUGGUUUCACAAUGGCGCGGUAGCGGUCUUUCUCUCUUGGUAACGCAUCGUCUCGGAACCAGUGUUGCUGGAACGUUUUACUCCGAGUCAGAUGUUGCUGGUGGGGCAUCUAUGAAUAAUGAUAUGCGACUGGGGCUCGUAAUUAAGCCACACAGCACACUUAUCGAAUUAUGGGAACAAGCUGUCAAGGGAUGGCCAACUCGUCGUUUUCUAGGAGCGAAGAUGUGGGUACGUGGUCAGUUAGGAUAUGUAUGGGCUACGUAUGAAUCUAUAGAUACUGAGAUUGCUGCAAUGCGUACACUUUUGCAUAAGAUGGGUGUUGAAAAAGGUUCUCGCGUAGUUGUUAUUAGUGAGAAUCGCUAUGAAUGGGUUGUAGCACAUUUUGCAACACUACAACUUGGGGCUCACUUUGUGGUGUUGCCUACCAAUGUUACCCCAAUGGAAGCACAAUUAGUACUAAAAAGCACACAAGCCUCCGUGCUUUUUGUUGAAUCCUUGUCCUCAUACGCUGUUGUAAAAGGUUGGAUUGGAGAGAUAGGGCGUUUGCAGCAUGUAAUUUGCUUUGAAGAUCAACUCGGAGAGAGUAGCUAUGCGGUAGCCAUAAAUAUAGCAUCUGAAGUUCCAGAGAAAAUACCUGUACGAAAAGACAUUACUGCUGAAGAUACUGCCAUGAUAAUGUUUACAGCAGGUACGACUGGGCCUCCAAAGGGUGUAAUGCUUUCACACCGAAAUUUAGUCGCAAAUAUCAGUUCUAUAUAUGCUCACGUUGGUGAAGCACUGACACACACUGAUUUGUUUAUGUCAUUGUGUUCAUGGUGUGUUGCAGGGGCACUUACUGUAGAACUAUAUCAGGCAAUAUGCAAAGGUGCUUGUAUUUGCAUUCCACCUGAACAACUGGAAGGUUUUCAAGAUCUUCCAAUGGUUCGACCUAGUGUUGUGGUUACUGUUGCGCAACCUUUUCAGAGGGCCUAUGCAAACAUUGUUGACAACAUUAUGAAUCGUGGUAGCACAACAAAAGAUUUAACACGGUUUACACUUGGUCGUAUCACAGAAAAUCGUUUGAUGCUUCAGAAACCAGGAUAUUUAUUACGUGCUGCAUCGCAUGUGCUUCUUGGAAAUUUCAAGGAACAGUUUGGUAGUGAGCUCCGUAUAGCCAUUGUGGUUGGAAGUCAAUUAACAAGGGAUCAGAUGGAAUUAUUGGCAGAUUUAGAUGUAUUCACAGUAAGUACUUAUGGAUGUCUUGAGGCAGGUGGUCUUAUCGCUACAGACAUUGAUGUACCGCUACGUCUUAAAGCACUUCCAGGUGUUGAAAUACGUGUUGUAAAUGAUAAGAAUGAGAUUGUUGCACCUGGAGACAUUGGUGAAGUGCUAAUAGAGGCUCCACAUGCAAUGCAAGGUUACUUUGAUGUAAACAUUGAUCCUGAAGAGGCAAAGAACUCUCUUGUAACAUAUGGAAGCAGAUCAUUUGUACGUACAGGUGAUUACGGCUCUGUUACAGGAGGAUGGAUAACACUAAAGGGUAAUAAGCACGUCCUUAUUACACUCACUACAGGUGCUGUGGUAGAUCCACUGGAGAUAGAGGGAACUCUUAUCAAGAGCCCUUUUAUUAAGCAGAUUUUUGUGUACGGUGACAACCGACCUUUCCUUACAGCGCUUGUGGUGCCAAACGCCAAAGCUAUCGCAUCACAUCUGCGAAAGUUGGAACGGCGUGAUGGAGUACCCAUUGUUAGUGAACGUGAAAAGGCGGAUUGUAUUCGAGCCGAACUCCGACGAGUUUCUCAAGGUCUCCCUUCUCGAGCACAUGUCCGACGGUUUGCAUUUAUAGAAGAAUGCACCCUUGCCAAUGGUUUUAUUACCUGUAAAUACAGCUUUGCCAGACAGAAGAUUGAAAGUCAUUACGUACACUAUCUUAAUGCUUUGUACGAUGAUACACCAAAAUUCUUUGGACAUGCUGUAGAUGACUACGACGAUCUUUUUUAA